CUUAGGAUUCAAUGGAGGACAAGAUUCCCAACCGGUUCCCAUGAGCUUGCCCAUGAGCGACGUGGAUACUCAAGAAUCUGAACUGGACUCCGACAGCAUUGUGGAUGUCAAUGAAAUUAUUGUUGAUACUAGGAGUCAACUUGUUGAAUUAUAUGAUAGCUAUUGUAUUAGAUAUAGUCAUAUAGUUCCACAGGUUGUACAGGAGGCAGUAGGACAAUCUAGCAGUGGUGGAGGAGAAUCAUUCCGGCAGAGGCAAGCAAAGAAGAAACCAAGGGGAUCACAAUAUACAGAGCUCGACUUGUACUUAAACACAACUUUCCGGUUCUCAGAAGAAAUCAACACAGACAUGACUUUCAACGUCCUCAACUGGUGGCAAGACUUUUAGCGCAGGUGGAAACAUGUUGGAUUCGACACGUUCGCAAUUGACCCCACAAAAUAUUGAAAUUCAAGUUUGCACGGAUGACUGGAAACGUGCUCAAGUUCGGCAACAAGAAGCAGAAGAAGGAAGUCCAGAUGCUAGUGAUUUCUUCUACACAGAUAACAUGAUGAGCACACCUGGCUCGACAGUCAUUGAGUCCGACCAAGACCUAGAUGGUACCGAUUAAGUAAGUGGGUGACCGAUUAUAAUGUGUAAUAGAACUACGUGGGCUUUGAUUCCUCUUACACCCAGGAGGAUACGUAGGCAACUUAAUUCGGCAUGUAAACGAAUUAAGUCCAAGCCAUUUAUUUCCAAAUUUAGUGUAAUUUCAAUUUUUAGUGAAAUU